GGCUAAUGUGAAAACGGGUGUAAAACAACAGUGGUGCGUUUUUAACUCGUUUCUGCUUCUGAACAGAAAGCGGCUUUACCAGUUCCUCAAGUUCCAAAAGAGAAAUGGUCGAGCUCGACAGCAGAAGUUUCUUCAGCAGAAGGAAAGUGAUGUACGGCUCCACAGACUCCGUUAUCGUAUCUUCUCCCGACUCCAUCCCCGACGAUUCCAGUAACUUCAUCCUGCAGAGCGGAAAUGAAACGACGGAGGACGAGAGCAGCGGAAGCCAAGAUCACCUGAAGCCUCUGUAUGAGUGCAGCAGCUCAGGUGAGUGGUACUACCUGCCCAGGAGCAGUCCUGUAAUAUCCCGCAGAGCUCGCUUCCACGCUCUAGAGGGAAUUGAACUGCAGCCUCCAGAUGGAUCUUCUCCCCUCAGUUUAUCUUCAACACCACCAUCCCAGAACAGAACCUCCUCCACAUCCUCCAACUCUGCUGGAUUUUACAAAGAUUUUACAAACAUGCAGGAACUUCCUGUAGGACUCAUUGUUGCGUCUUCCGGUUCGAGAUCUAAAACAGCUCAGCUGUUUCCUCAGACUGUGACUCCGAGCUCUUCAGGAGAAGAAACCUGUUUUACAGAGCAGGUAACAGAACCAGCGGGUGAAGAUCAAGGUUCUCCAGGUUCUCCGUCCCCUCCGGACCCCCGGGGUCGGUCUCUGUCUGAUGAAAUGGUUCAACAUCUGAACGGGAGUCAGAACAGAACCAGCACAGACGCCCAGAUCAUCUCAGGCCCCGUGAACGAGAAGCAGAUCUCUGAAGACCUUUACAGGAACAGUAUGGAUCUUGACCAGGAAAACGCUCACUUCGUGGUGGUGGACAUGGUGCUGGAGGUUCUGGAAUCGGUUAAAUGGGCCGUUUCUCAGCAGAAGUUAAAAGAUACAGAUGGUUCAGACGAAGCAGACGCACCCGGGAACUCCAAAACACACUCAUUCAGCUUUUCCGACAGCGGUUACGAGGAUUACUGCGGGCGCAGAUUCUCCUCAACCAGAAGCUCUCGGAGUUCCAUACGAAGGUCCCUAAAGGCCUCCAGGUGGUCUGCGGAAAGCCUCGCCCAGCGUUUACUGACUGAACUCAGGAAACAGAAACUCUCAGAACAAACUUUCAUCUGUUACAAACCCGGCCUGGAGGAAUUUCCGCUGGACACUGUCUCCAUGGUGACGGGGGGAGGAGUCAGGCUGAGUGAGGAGAUCCGGAUGAGGAGCAGGAUGAGAGGGACGCUGACCUGGGCUCCUCCCCGAUUCCAGAUCAUCUUUAAUGUGCAGCCAAACCAGAGGCGCAGUGACGUUAUUGCCGCUCAGCACUUCCUCUGCGCCGGCUGCGGGACUGAAGUUGAACCUCGCUACAUAAAGAGGUUACGCUACUGCGAGUACCUGGGCAGGUACUUCUGUGACAGUUGCCAUAGCGGCGGGGAUUCAAUGAUCCCGGGACGGGUCCUGAGUCGCUGGGAUUUCGGACGCUAUCCCGUGAGCAGCUUCUCCAAACAGCUACUGGACUCCAUCUGGGAGCAGCCGCUGUUUAAACUCAGCGCUGUGGCGAAAAACCUGUACAGCCAAGCCAAGGAGCUGCAGAGAUUCAGGGAGCUACAGGAGCAGCUGAUCUCCAUUAAGAAGCUGCUGAAGGCCUGCAGACUGUCUGAAGGGAUCCUGUCUGACUUUCAGCAGCUUCCGUCUCACCUGACCGAAGAGCUCCACCUCUUUUCGAUGGACGAUCUCUUCAGGGUGAAGCGCGGUCAGAUCUUCCCCACGGCGAAGGCGAUGCUUCGGACCGCAGCAGCUCAUGUAGAAGUUUGUGAGCUCUGCCAGGCUAAAGGUUUUAUUUGUGAGUUUUGUCGAGGGCCGGACGUUCUCUUCCCGUUUCAGACAGAUAUCUGCACACGCUGCCGAGACUGCAGAGCUUGUUUCCACACUGCGUGUUUCCGGGACGAGUCGUGUCCUCGCUGUUCCCGUCUGCAGAUCCGAAAGAGUCUCCUGAGCUCAGAGACCGUCUGACUCCUCCCACAAACACAGCUCUGCUGCUCCUCCCACAAACACAGCUCUGCUGCUCCUCCCACAAACACAGCUCUGCUGUUAUGAAUCUAUCUGAUUCCAGUUUAGGGUAUAAAACCGUUGCAGUUUGUUCUCCUACGCUGAAGUUUGGAAAUUCCACACUAAAGUCCCCUUUUUAUAGGUAACAUCAGAACAGCUGUUUUAUUCUGCUCGUCUUUUUCAGUUCUUCUUUUUUAGCUGGCAGUUCUUCAGUCCUCAGGCUUUAGUUUUCUACAGGUAAAUAAUUAUAGCUCUGCACUGUAUGACAGUCAUUGUCCUUCUAUAUCUAUAUUUUGAACAUGUUUAGUUAAAUACUGAGUAUUUACAAAAAAAAAAAGAAUAAAAUGCCAUGCAUUUAAACAUAAAUAAAAGUCCUUGCUGGAAAGUA